AGUACUAAUAUAGAAUGUAGACAAAAUUUUCGUUUUGCUGUUUUCCUGAUAAAUGUCUAAUAAUCAAUAAAAACUUCUGAUAAUAGCAUAAUAUUUGUUGUUAGGAAAUUAUUAGAAUUUGAAGGGUUUUGUUGGUGUUAUUCAGAUUAAGUUUUGGCCACUUGAUGCCUGCAGUUGUUUCCUAGCCUGCGGAUUUGUAAAGUGCUACUAAUCACUGCAUAAUGCUCUCCGCAGCGUUCACGUGCGUCGCAUUCCUGAAAUUCCAAUGAAACUGGGGAUUUCAUACGUCAUAAAUAUUCUUGGAAAUCGAUAUUCCAUCGCUGUUACCGCACCUGUGAGGAUCUCAGAUACUUUAUACCUUGCUCCUUGAAAUCUCACAAUCAUGGCGGGAGAUAGUCUGACCGACCCUGGAUCAUCCUACUCGCCUGCGGUGGGUUUUUUCUUCAUCUUCAACCUUAUCGUCGGAACUGGUGCGCUGACUUUGCCGAAGGCGUUUUCUCAGGCGGGAUAUGUUUUGGGGACAAUCGUGCUGUCCAUAAUUGGUUUCAUGAGUUACAUUAGCGCGACAUUUGUGCUGGAGUCUAUGUCAAAUGCCAAUGCAAUUCUCAGGAUAAAAAAAUUCGACACUUCCGUCGGAAAAGAUGAGGAAACAGAAAGCAGUCGCGGUGAAAGGGAGUCAUCGCCAGAAAUAAUUUCUGAUCAUGAGCCGCUGAUUGAUACUCGCGAACUGUUACCGGAAGACAGCACCGUGUUCCAAAUACGCAAGCGUAUUGAAUUGGGUCAAAUGGCGGGCAUGUUUUACAGGCGCAUUGGGAUCUAUCUUUUUUAUGCCUGCAUGGUUAUCUAUCUGUUCGGCGAUUUAGCCAUUUAUGCCACUGCCGUUCCCAAAAGUCUUCGUGACAUCGCAUGCACAUUUGUGAAUGGAAGUUCAGUGUUCAACAUGACUGAAGACGAUCCAUGUUGGGCUACGGCUGAAAAUUUGUCUCGACGAAACGCUUACCGUAUAUUUGUGGCGGUUUUUGCAUGCACUUUGGGGCCAUUCUUGUUCUUCAACGUCCAAAAAACGAAGUACCUUCAAAUCGUUACAUCCGCAACACGCUGGGUCGCCCUGAUUAUGAUGAUUAUAUUGGCCAUUAUUUGGAUCGCUGAAGGGAAAAAUGAAGGACAUCCCGUCGUGGCUGAUCUCACUGCCUUUCCAAAUAUUUUUGGAACGGCCGUAUAUGCUUUCAUGUGCCAUCACUCGCUUCCGGGCGUCGUCACGCCCAUCCGUCACAAAUCCAGAGUUUAUGGAUUAAUAUUUGGGGAUUAUUUUUCCGCAUUAUGCUUGUAUCUACUAUUGGCACUCACUGGAGUUUUUCUGUACAAGCAGCCUAAAGAUUUGUAUACACUGAACUUCUUCGACGUUGGCGAUAAAUCGCAGAUUGCACCCGAUGUCAUUCGUUAUUUCCUGGCACUCUUUCCCGUAUUUACUCUGUCAAGCACGUUCCCUAUUGUCGGAAUCACUCUUCGUAAUAACAUUCGUACACUUUUUGGAUUAUUCACGAAAAAGGAUUUUCCUUGGAUGAUUGAAAAAUUUGCAUUCCCACUGAUCACACUUAUACCGCCCAUCUGUAUUGCUCUCUUGACCGACGAAGUGCAGAUUCUGGUUGGCAUUACCGGAUCGUACGCUGGAUGCGGGAUCCAAUACGUAAUUCCUGCCAUGAUGGUAUAUUGUUCACGGAAAAUGGUUUUGCGAUUAAUACCAGAUACAGCCGGAACAAAAUUACCAUACCGAUCGCCGUUCCACCAUUUCUUUUGGAUUGUGUUAAUUAAUAUGUGGGCGUUUGCGAGCAUCGUUGUUAUUACAGUUAACCACAUUAUUUAUAGAAAGUGAUACACGAAAUUACUUGGAUCUGUGAUUGUUUUUACAUUUUAUUCCCUCCACGGCCUUUAAACUACGCAGAAUUUCCGACAUCGCAGAAUAUUAUUCUCGCAGUAUUGUUUAAAAAAUGUUUACUAUUUUGUUACAAAAAUAACCGUUCUUGGGACUCUGGAAUGUUGAUGACGGGAUACGAAGUAUCUGUAUCUGGUUCUCGUUGUUCAUUGACAUAUUCUUGUUUGA